AGCUUAUUUACCAGUGCAGUGCUACUCUCAAACUUGUUCUCAGUUGCUUUUUGGGCGCGUUUUUGGAAUAUUGUGGUGAUCACACGAUCAAUAUGGGCAAUUUUGAUGGCGAUUCUGGAACGGAUUUCGAGGAGAGUUAUGCGACCACAAAUGGAGCGAAUGGAAAGCUGCCGAAUGGAAAUGGAACUCCCAACGGAAGCCCCAAUAAUGGAGGACCCUUCCUCAGUCAGCGAAAAUUUUCGGCGCCCGCUUACACGGAAAUUCGCACGCGCCGCUGCAACGCCAACGCCGCCGCGGAGGCCAAGAAUCGUUCACCCAAUUACCAUCCGGAGAAGAGAUUGAUCCCCAAUGGACAUGCCAAAGUUCUGCGGGAUCAUGAGGAAACGCAGCCCAAUAAGGUGGAGGGUAUAUUGUCUCCGGAAGUGGAGCACUCUCAAAAGACCUCCUUUGAGGAAGUACCACUGCAUACGGCCUGCCUAACGUACCUGGGAUUCUACCUCCUGAUGAUCCUGGGCUACAUAAACCAGCUGCUCUUUGUGCCCAAAGUGGCCACGGAGAAGGGACGAGAGGGCUAUGUCACCUUGUACGAUGCCUUUGAGAGCUUCUACUCGAGAUAUGUUUAUAGGAGAAUCAAGGAUUGCUGGAAUCGUCCCAUCUGCAGUGUCCCGGGGGAUGAACUCACCCUCAAGGAUCGCGUGAGUGAUGACUAUGGCUGGAGCUUCAAGUUCACUGGAACCGAGACACGUUGCUUGAAUCUGGGAUCAUACAACUAUUUGGGAUUUGCGGCUGCCACUGGACGAUGUGCAGAUGAAUCGGAGGAGAAAGCCAGGAAAUUUGGAUUAGCUUAUUGCAGCUCCCGCUGUGAGCUGGGAAACAAUGAGCAGCUCCAGGAACUUGAGAGUCUUACAGCCAGAUAUCUUGGUGUGGAAGAUGCCAUCGUUUUUGGCAUGGGUUUCGCCACGAAUGCCUUGAAUCUUCCCUCGCUUCUGGGUCCCAAUUGCCUAGUAAUUAGUGACGAGAAGAAUCAUGCCUCCAUUAUCCUGGGACUGCGUCUGUCCGGAGCCACCACCAAAGUAUUCAAGCACAAUAAUAUGAGAGAUUUGGAGCGAGUUCUUCGUCAGGGAGUUUGUUAUGGCAACCCCAAGAAGGGAGGCCAGCCGUACAAAAAGAUCAUGAUCCUUGUGGAGGGUAUUUUUAGCAUGGAGGGUUCCAUUGUCCGUUUACCGGAAAUUAUUGCAUUGAAAAAGAAGUACAAGGCUUACUUGUAUCUGGAUGAAGCUCACAGCAUUGGAGCAAUGGGUUCGCAUGGCAAAGGAGUUACGGACUACUUUAAUGUGGAUCCCAAGGAUGUGGAUAUUCUGAUGGGCACCUUUACAAAGAGCUUUGGCAGUGCUGGCGGCUAUCUGGCAGGAUCAAAGAAACUGAUUGACUUCCUUCGCACUAAUAGUCAUGCCCAUUGCUAUGCUAGCUCCAUUUCGCCUCCCAUUGCCCAGCAGAUUAUGACCUCCAUGAAGACCAUAAUGGGUGAAGAUGGCACAGAAAUUGGACGCAGGAAGAUUAUGCAGCUGGCCAGGAAUACCCGCUACUUCCGUCGUCGUCUGGCUCAACUGGGAGUGAUCACUUAUGGCCACGAGGAUUCCCCAGUGGUGCCAAUGCUGGUGUACCUAUUCUCCAAAAUUGGCGCUGUUGUUCGCACCUUGACCACCCGCCACAUUGCAGUGGUGGGCGCUGGAUUCCCGGCCACACCCAUUAUGGAGGGUCGCAUCCGCUUUUGCCUGUCGGCUGCUCACACCAAGGAGCAGCUUGAUUAUGCUCUGGAGGCGAUAGAUGAGAUUGCCGACGAUUUGGGCCUAAAGUAUUCCAACAAACCACGCGAUCCUAACCCUAUUAUAUACUAAAAGGAUUCACAACUUCACACUUUAGGAGAUAAGCAAGCGUAAAUCUAGGAUGCUACGACUUCUCGCAGCCUUCCAGAUUGUUAGACCAAAACAAAUACUAAAAAAAACACAGUCAGUCCUACAAAUUGCUAGAUGGGUCUCGUUGCACACUGGGCUUUUCUGAUUUGACUAAAUUCCCUUGGGUAUAUCCAUUGGAGGGGAGAACAAGGAACAAAACACAGUACAGCACAUUGCUUAAAUGAUACAAUUAUUAUUAAUUAUUUAGCAUUUACCUCUACGUAGUUGUUAUUGUAAUUGUAAGCUCCAAAAUGUCUUCUUGAUCUUGGUCUGCGAAAACACAUUGAGUAUACUGCAAAAUGUAUUAAGAGGCGAUCGAUCAGGUUUUUUUUUGGUUACCUUCAGAGCUAAGCUAAGGGAAUCCCCUUUAAUCGUGGGAAAGUCGAGCACCUCGCUUCUACCAUUUAAGCCUAUCAAGCUAUUAGCGAUAGUGAAUUAAUUUGUGAA